AUGGAAAUAAUAAUUAGAAUAAAAUCCUGUACAAAUUACAUUUUUUAUUUUUAGUUAUAUUCAGCUUUUUAACAGGAAGAAAGGACAGUAACAGAAAUGAAUUAAUAUGCUAGAGAAUUAGAGUUUUGUUCAUUUAAUAAGCAUCAACAUCUUAAGGUUCCUGAAAAUGAAAGGAAAAAAAUAAAAACUGAAACAGGAAACAGUGGUUGGUAUUUCGGAAUAUGUAAUAAAAGAAUUCCAGAUAAGAGAGUAACUAAAGUUUGUUUUAAAGUGACAGGAUAAGAGAAAGAGGCUUUUAUAUUAGGAAUAGGUAGCAAAGAUAUUAUGAGAUAAAAUAACUUCUAUGAUUGUCAGAAAUAGGGAAGAGGGUAAUUUCUAACAUAAUUCAAGAACUUAUAUACUGAUGAAUUAUGAAGGAUUUUUUAAUCAUCAAGGAUAGAAGAGAGAAGCAUUUAAAUUCUGGCCCAACGAUGUCAUUAUGAUUGAGGUCGAUAUGAAUUUAAAAUUUAUUAGAUGGACAAAAAAAGACACAAGAGAUGGAUUUGUAUAUUUUAUUCAUUAUAUUUAGGCUACAAAAUUAGUAUUGGAAGGAGAAUUAUAUUUUUGCGUGGGUCUUUGGUAUAGAGAUUAAUCAAUAUAGAUAUUAAAUGAUUUUUUUUGA